AUGUCAUCAGUGUCAUCAGUAGAAAAGAAACGGCUUCGAGAUCGCCGGUCGCAACAGACUCUUCGCGACAAAAAGUUACGGCACGCAGCGGUUCUCAAAGAACAAGUGGACCAUUGUGUGCAGUACCACGAUGACCAAGGCGUGCAACGACUUCUUCGAGUGAUCAGCGGACUUCGCGAACAAAAUGAAGCUUUGAUAGACCGCCAAACCAGAUUAAAAACACUAGUCACUUCCUGGGAUAGAGAUGGCGAGUCUCUGCCAAGUGACAAUCGAUCUAACCAAACCGGGGCCUGUCUCUACAAGGAAAUAGGCAACCAAGAGCCUCAAUUUCUACAACCCAAACGUGAUCAAGAUUGCCAUCCUCACUCGACAAGAGCAAGUGAGCAGACGGAUCCUUUCUUAGCCACACCGACAAUAUCCCCCCACACAGAGUCACCAACAGAAUCACCACCAGCAAACAAACCCUCACCAUGGAAUCAGAUCCCACUACACAGCGAUGACUUCAGCAGAGUACAAACAAUCGUCUCGUGCCCUUGGUUUGCCUACCCAGAGAAAAUAAUUCCAUGUCCUGAUAUCCCGUCAUCCGCCCUGGACAUUCUCUACGGCACAAAAACCAACCCACUAGCCGAUAUGAUCCACACAGCUCUCCAAAGACGUCCAAUCCGAGACCCGGAGCGUUUAUCGAUUGGCUGGCUUGCCUACCAUGCCACAAGGUGGAUCGUAUCACCCAGUCCAGCAACUUAUGAACGACUGCCUGUAUUCCUGAGACCAAUGAAGGAGCAGUUACAAGUUCCACAUCCUGUCGUGUUGGACUUGAUGCCGUGGCCGAAGCUUCGAUUGAACCUUAUGAAUAGAUGGAAUUUCUAUUACAAAGACCGCGACGAACUGUUUGGAAUGUUCGCAUGUUGUGUGAAGAUCCGUUGGCCGUGGGGAGAGGAUAUCCUCGAGCGGAACGAAGACAAUGAAUUGGUCAUGAAGCCUCAGUUUUAUGAGACUUUCAUGAGUGAGCGUGGGUGGGGCAUCACUCCGGAGUUUAUUGCGAGGUACCCGGAUCUUUUUGCUGGGAUUGAUAUCAACUCUAUCGUUGUUGAGCUCGUGUAA